AAUGCUUUGUAUACCAGUAUGGGCCCAGGAUUUGUUUACUUUGGAGCCACAAUUCCUGCUGUAUUUCUUAUGGAUGCCUGGGGAAGAAGAGCUGUGAUUCUUACCCUUUUACCCGGUAUUGUGAUAGGGGACUUCAUUACAGGAUUUUCAUUCCUUGCAACGAAGACUUCAGUGAAGGAAGGAAUAUAUGUUUGGGGUAUCUGUACUUAUUACCUUUUCUGGGGCUCAUGGGGCCCUGCCCAAUGGGUGAUAACAUCGGAAGUCUUUCCCACUUACCUGAGGAGUCACGGGGUCAUGUUGAAUGGAGUGGUCAAUAUGCUGUCCAAUUUCGCUACUGCUUAUCCAUUUACCAGAAUGUUGAGCGCCUUGACUCCAACUGGUCUCUUUUGUGGUUUCUACGCCGGCAUCUGUGUAUUGCUUUGGAUUUUCUCUUUUCUGUUUGUUCCUGAGACGAAAGGAAAGACCUUGGAAGAAAUUAAUAUAAUCUACAGUAGAUCUCAUUGGGAUGUUUGUCGUGAGAAUUUUCGAAAUGGCAUUGAAGCAUUUGAAAAUAUCAUUCAUGGCAAAUGGAGCAAGGUUUGGAUUUAUCAACGAGGAUAAUGUGUCCAAAACUUGUCAUAGAAGAUAGAUGAAUGUUUGUUCUGUUGAUUGCAUAAACUGUGAUUCGCUUGUCAGUGAUCUAGUUCAUAAGGAAACAAAAUAAAAAAGUGACAGAACAUUGAUGAUCUUUCACAAGAAUAGAUAUUUUUAU